GUUUACGAGUAAGACAAGUACUUCGCAACAGACAGACAUAUAAUAUUGACAUAAGUAACGAUUACAAAUGACCUUUGGGAGUAGUAUCAUAACAUGAUGCGAUAACUGUGGUAAAUAUGGCUUGCUAAGAUGCUAUAAUUACUGUAUUUUUGUGAACUAAGUUGUUAAUUGAAAUCAUCAUCCUUCUGGUGUUUGUCUGGUUUCACCUAUGAAAAAUUAUCAAGGAGUGGGAAGUCAGGUGACCACAUGACAGGUCGGUGACGUGCCAGCACCCACAGCUCGGAAGAUGAAGCCGCGGGGGGCGAGCGUCAUGCACGCCUUCACUGCGCUUACUAUGUUGACAAUGGCCAACGCCCAAACAACGUGUAACCAAGGCAUGGGGCGCGUGAUGUAUGAAAGAUUACCGAAUCAACAACUACACGGAUUUGACGACGAUGUCGUACGCGAAACAGCACCACCGUUUCGGGUUCUUGAAAAGUGCCAAGACUUGUGUUUGCGAGACCGUUCAGUGAACAGCUUAGUCAGGACUUGCAACUCUAUUGACUUUCAACCUGGAGCCCGCAUUGCCGCAUUCAGCCCUGAACCUGAAUACGAAGAAUCUACUUGCUUCCUGACUAGAGAACAGGCUAUGCCAGAGGGUAUAGGCUCUCUCAUGAUUGUACCCAACAGCGUGCAUUUUAAUGAGAUUUGUCUCACAUCAAAUCGUCCAGAACGAGAAUGUCCAUCCCGUAGAUAUGUCUUCGAGCGUCAUGCGCGUAAACGUCUAAAGUUACCGCCAUCAGAUCUCAAAGAAAUUAUGGUGGCUAACCGUACAGAGUGUGAAGACAAGUGCUUGCAAGAAUUCAGUUUUGUGUGUCGAUCAGCUACCUAUGACUCUGCUCUCAGAACUUGUUCUCUCAGUAGAUUUACAAGAAGAACUCAUCCAGAAUUGCUAGAAGAUGAUCAUAAUGCUGAUUAUUUAGAAAACACCUGUUUAAAUGCUGAACGAAGAUGUGACGGAUUAGCAGUUUUCAUUAAAGAAGAAAACAAACGCCUUGGGGGACCUUUCGAAGCUGAUGUAUUUUCCAACAUGACUCUCGAAGAAUGUCAGUCUAUGUGUGUCCGUGCUGAAAAGUAUUUUUGCCGAUCUAUCGAACACGACACGAUGACAAAACAGUGUGUUCUCUCAGAAGAAGAUUCUGUGUCACAAAAAGACGAUGUGACUGUAAGCGCGUCACCCACGCAUCACUUCUACGACCUUGUUUGUUUGGACAAUCCUCGUGGCACGGAGUACCCGGAUAAUAGCGUGACGUCACAUCUGUUCUCUCCCGGGAGAAGACCAGAUACGGCCUUCCAGAGGUACAGGAACAGCAGGAUUACUGGAGAGUUCCAUUCAGAAAUCACGGGCCGCUCCCUUAGCGAGUGUUUGGAUGAAUGCUUGAGACAGACCAGUUUUCAGUGCAGGUCAGCCGUAUAUAGUGACCGUGCCAGGACCUGCAGGCUCAGUAGGUACAACCAGAAAGAUGGGAUGAGACUGUUGUAUGACCCAGACUUCGAUUACUAUGAAAAUUUAAUGCGUGGUAACGGAGAUCGCGACCGAGACCGCGACCGUGACCGAGACCGGUACCCGCCAGGCGCUGACCGCGACCGGUACCCAGAUGACGACCGGUACCCCGACGACGACCGGUACCCCGCACGGCCCGACCGAUUCCCCGACGAUCGGUACCCAGCUCCCGAUCCAUACGACCGGUACCCAGACGAUCGAUACCCAGCAGGCGUCGGACCAGAUCGUUACCCAGCCUUACCUCCAGCCGAUAGAUAUCCCCCAGGAAUAGAUAGAUAUCCCCCACCUUUGGACAGAUACCCGCCUGCCGUUCCAUAUCCACCAAGCAACAGAUUCCCUGGCGAUAGAGAUCGCUAUCCUUUAGACAGCGGACGUUAUCCAAUAUAUGACUACCCUUCAAACGAUAUCGGAAGAUAUCCGGCAGCUGACCGCUAUCCAGUCAGUAGAUAUCCUAUAGACGUUUACCCCGACAGGUACCCAGAAAGGUUCCCUAUCCGCGGUGGUGGGAGAUACCCAUCAGCUAGACCUUACUUCCCCAGCCGUUAUCCUGACAGAUACGAUCAAGACCGCUACCCUGGGUCAGGGGACUGGGGCCGGUACCCAUUCAGUCGGUACCCAGUAGGGGUGAACAGGGACCCAGUGCCUCUCGGAGGGGAUCGGUAUCCUGAUUUGUAUGACAAAUAUCCACCGACUGGAUCUUCAUUCCCUGGUUAUGGAAGAGGAGGAUACUAUGGCUCUGAUUAUCCGCCAUCAGAUCGUUAUCCUAUUCCAGACAGAGGGAUUCGUCCCACUCCUGAUAGGUUCCCAGCGGAACCACGGCCAAGCUUUGGUAUACGAAGGCCAAUUGAGAGACCAGGUGGCUAUCGAGGGAGUUAUCCACCAGCCGGAGGGUUAGGCGGAGGUGGAUACGGCGGAUAUGAUCAAGAUGGUCCGAUUGGUCCAGGCGCUCCAGUUGGUGGUCCCAUUGGUCCUGUAGGCGGUCCCAUAGGCCCCUUAGGGGCGCCGAUUGGAGGACCAUUAGGAGGGCCUUUGGGCGGACCAGUUGGCAGACCCCCCGUGGGACAUAGACCAUGGCAAGGAUCACGAUGCGAAGAAGAUAGUUUCCGUCAAGUGGGAAGACAACGCAUGCAAAGGCGUUUUGUUCGAAGAUUUACAACAGCACUAUCUUUAGCUCAUUGUCAACGGGAAUGCAUUGAAGCACGUGACUUCAUUUGCAGAUCAUUUAACUUCAGGGAGUCUCCUUAUGGAGGAGAACCAAGAGACAAUUGCGAGCUCAGUGACCGAGAUACAAGGGAGCUGGAUGCGGCUAAUCCUGCGCAUUUUGAUAACACAGCCAACGAUUAUGAUUUCUACGAACGAGCUCUUGGUCGCAUUGCAGAUGAUUGUUUGGAUGUUUCCCAGGUUUGCAAUGAAGAUGGAAUGGAGUUCACCCUUCGAUUACCAGAAGGAUUUUAUGGUCGGAUGUACACCUAUGGCUUCUACGACCGCUGCUUCUUCCGUGGUAACGGAGGAGUGAAUAAUGUGUUGCGUAUCACUGGAGCUCAUGGCUAUCCGGAAUGUGGAACACAACGGUACGGAGACACAAUGACGAACAUCGUAGUUGUCCAGUUCAGCGAUAACGUGCAGACCUCCAGAGACAAGAGGUUCAACCUGACCUGUUUGUUCCGAGGUCCGGCAGAGGCAGUGGUAACAUCUAACUACAUUGGGGCAGGGUCAGGCAGCCCUAUCCCUAUCGAGUACCUUCCUGAGGAGAGUUCACUGAACUCGAAGGUUCGUCUGAUGAUACUGUACCAAGGCAGACCGACUACCACGAUAGCAGUCGGAGAUCCUCUGACAUUCAGACUAGAAGCCCAAGAUGGAUAUAACUAUGCCACGGACAUUUUUGCAACGAAUGUCAUAGCAAGAGAUCCGUAUUCAGGAAGAUCAGUGCAACUGAUUGAUCGCGUAGGGUGUCCGGUAGACCCGGACGUGUUCCCGGAGCUGGACAAGGGGCGCAACGGAGAUUCCCUGGAAGCAAGGUUCAACGCGUUCAAGAUACCGGAGUCCAACUUCCUUGUGUUUGAAGCUACCGUGCGGACAUGUCGCGAUGGGUGUCAGCCGGCAUAUUGUCCAAGCCACACAGGCCGGUCCGAACCUUCCUUCGGCCGGCGCAGACGAGAUGUCAACUCAACUGCGGCUGAAACCAACGAUACAGUGGUAGUACAUCCUGAUGAUAACAACGAUACUAAAGUGGAUGACAAGAAUGAUGGAACAAUCUACAAGGUGUCCUAUGAAGAGGCCGGCGUUGAUAAGUAUCUGAAAGAAGAGGUGGAGACGCCGAGCCAUGUCCGAAAGAUGAUUGAGGUAUUCGACAACCGCAACGAGCUUCUAGAAGAGAACGGUCCAGCAGACUCCUCUCCCGUGGUAGCGGCCGCAGGUGUUUGCGUGUCUCCGUACCACUAUAGAGCAUUGCUGGUUGCACUGUGUGUUCUACUGUCGCUGUUAUUGGCUAUGUUGACUGCUGCGCUGUAUAUUUAUAAACGCUACUGGCGGGUUCUACGUAAAAAUAUCCACGCGUCUAGUCCGCCGCCGGCGCUGCGCCCCGUCACGCCGGGCCCAAGACCGACUAGACCUUCGCUCUUCUCUGCCUCACAUCUGCACAAACCUUUCUCACUGAGUGGCUUAGGUCGGACGUUCGCCGAAGUAGGAGAGGAGGCAGGAUCAGCUGGGCGUCUGGCGAGCGCAUUCGACGACGGAAGCGAGCCAAUUUACACUGACCCAUCUCUCUUCGAGCGCUCUAGGUCCCUACGGUCCUUGCAUUCACUUGACAUGAAACCCGAAAGACGCGACCACCGCUCAUAGACUAUUAUUUUUUUUAACUCAAGCAAAAAUACAAACGUCUCGCAAAUAAUGUAUUAACUGCCAUAAUCUUGCUCAGUAAAUCCGUCCAAGUUUUCAAUACUUAUUUCUAUUUCAGAUUGUACUUAUUUUUAAAAAUAUGUUGUAAGUCAAUACUAAUAAAUAUUUACAGUGAUUCUUA